UGUAGAGUUACCUCCCUUCUUCUGCUGAAUCUAAAUUUAAAUAGGACCUGCAAGUGAUGGACUAUGCGGAAGAUGUAGUUAUCUCUCUUAAAAUUCAGUGCGACUCUAUAGAUAUCUAUGAGUACACCGAAAACAGCCUAGUCCUGACAAUACAGUGAUGAUACAAUAAAUGUACCUUGGGAAGAGAAAUUAGACUGAAAACCAUCACAGGACACAGCAAUGAAAACACACCAAAGUCACCAGGGCAGAAAUUACAGAGACUAAAUUACCAUCAAAGGACACGGUGAUGAAAAUACACUAUAUCCUAAUGGGCAGAAGUUACAAGGCUACAGCCUGUUACAGGAAAUCGCGAUGAGGAUACAAGGCUAAAGUCUGUUACAGGAAAUUGUAAUGAGGAUACAAGGUAAAAAACUGUUACAGGAAAUCGCGAUGAGGUUACAAGGCUAAAGACUGUUACAGGAAAUCGCAAUGAGGAUAAAAGGCUAAAGACUGUUACAGGAAAUCGCAAUGAGGUUUCAAGGCUAAAGACUGUUACAGGAAAUUGCAAUGAGGAUACAAGGCUAAAGACUGUUAUAGGAAAUCACAUUGAGGAUUCAAGGCUAAAGACUGUUACAGGAAAUUGCAAUGAGGAUACAAGGCUAGAGACUGUUACAGGAAAUCAUAAUGAGGAUACAAGGCUAAAGACUGUUACGGGAAAUCGAAAUGACAAAUCAAGGUUAAAGACUGUUACAGGAAAUCGCGAUGAGGAUACAAGGCUAAAGACUGUUACAGGAAAUCGCGAUGAGGAUACAAGGUUAAAUACUGUUACAGGAAAUCGUAAUGAGGAUACAAGGCUAAAGACUGUUACAGGAAAUCGUAAUGAGGAUACAAGGUUAAAGACUGUUACAGGAAAUCAUGAUGAGGAUACAAGGUUAAAAACUGUUACAGGAAAUUGCAAUGAGGGUACACUUUAGUCGACAGUCCAGAAGUUACUAGGCAGAAAAAUAUUACAUGAAAUGGCACUGAGGAUACACUACAAAACAUGUACAAUCCUCUUCAUUAUAAUCACCAGUUCGGUUCUGUAUCUUUGGUUAUCUUCUAUACAGGUUGUCCCCUCUAUACUUCACGUCCAUUAUAUACGGAAACUUUGGGACGAGCCGUACUCACAAUGUGUUCUACAUCAGGAGGAGGAGACCAACUCCUUAAGUCCCCACCACCCUCUCUACGUCACAUUCUCUCUGCACGGUCGCCUUGGUAACUGGAUGUUUGCCUAUGCAUCACUCCUGGGAAUCGCUAUGAGGAAUAAUCGCAAACCAUUCGUGAGUGAACAUAGCAGUCUUUCUGCCAUUUUCAAGUUACAGCAUACAUUGCCAUGGCAACCAGUUUGUAUGGAUGACUUUCAAGAAAGAUAUCCUUGUAGGUAUGAUCGUCGUACGGAAAAUCUUCUUCUAGUAAAUCUGACACUCAAGCAGUACUUUCAGUCCUGGAAAUACUUUGAAGGCUACGAAGUUCAAAUUCGUAAAGAAUUUACAUUCCGGCCAGAUAUUUAUGCUGACGCAAAGAGGAUAUUUCUAAGAUACAAGGGCAGUAACUCUAACUCAUCUCUAGUUAUAAGUGUUCAUGUACGACGUACAGAUAUGAUGAUAUCUAGUUCUACAAAACUUGGAUUUAAGUCUGCCCCAUUAGAAUUUAUUAAUAAUGCCAUGAAUUAUAUGCGGAGCAAAUUUUCCCGUCAAGUCAUAACAUUUCUGGUUGUAUCUGACGAUUAUGUUUGGAGCUCUACACACUUGACUGAACCUGAUACUGUUGUUAUUCCAAAAAAUCAUCAAUUUGUAGAUAUAGCCAUACUGAGCAUGUGCAACCAUUCCAUCAUUACCACAGGAACGUACGGUUGGUGGGGGGCAUGGCUGGCAGGGGGACACACAGUGUAUUACAAGAACUUCCCUGAACAUGGUAGCCGUCUCGAUCAGGAUUUUGAUCCUGCUGAUUUUUACCCACCCUCAUGGGUUGCUAUGGAUACAGGAACACAUCAAUUGUUAAAUUUGAAUCUUAUGAUCUGUUUGUUGAUAUUUACAGUGAUAUUAUAAAUACAGUAAUCGGGUAUUACAGGAGUUUCUAUACAUUUUAUUGGAUUCAAGAUAUUGUACAAGUACAAGUGCACUUGCACUUAUCAGAUAUUAUUUCUUUGAUAAAACAUAUUUUACUCUG